AUGGCUCAACAGGUUCAGGGAAAGACUGCCAUCGUGACCGGCGCCGGGUCAGGAAUCAAUCUUGAGUUCGCGCGGUUGUUGCUCCAAGAUGGCGCGAACGUCGUCUUCGCCGACCUGGCUCUGCGGCCUGAGGCGGAGGACCUGGUCAAGCAAUACCCGGACACGGCUGUGUUCAAGAAGACCGACGUGACGUCCUGGUCGGACCUGAACGACAUGUUCACCGCGGCCGUGUCGCGGUUCGGCGACGUCGACAUCGUGUGCCCCGGCGCCGGAGUCUUCGAACCCCCCUGGAGCUCGUUCUGGUACCCUCCGGGCUCGGCGGAGUCGCAGGACGACCCCCUCGGCGACCGGUACAAGCUGCUGGACAUCAACCUCACGCACCCGAUCCGCGUGACGCAGCUGGCCAUGUCGCACUUCCUCAAAAGCGCGUCGUCGAGCCCGUCGAAGCACCCCAAAUCCAUAGUGCACAUUGCGAGCAUCGCCGGCCAGACGGCCUCACUUGGGUACCCUCUGUACCAUGUGUCGAAGCACGGCGUGCAGGCUCUGGUGAGGUCGUUGGCCGACCUGGACGAGUCGCAUGGCAUCCGCGUGACGUGCGUCAUGCCGGGCGUGGUCAAGACGCCCUUGUGGACCGACCAUCCCGAGAAGCUAAAGUUGAUCAAACAGGACGGUGAAGAUGCGGAUCAGUGGGUGAUGCCGGAAGAAGUCGCACAGGUCAUGUUGGCGUGUGCCAGGGAUGACAAGAUCGACAGGAACAUAAGAAGAAGAGGAGGAGGAGGAGGAGGAGGAGGAGGAGGAGGAGGAGGAGGAGGAGGAGGAACCUCGUCGGGUACGAACGGGAGUGGAAGUGUCGGUGGUGACAAUGUGAUUACCAUCAAGGGAGGUUCGUGUCUGGAGGUGUUGGCGGGCCAUGUGAGGGAUGUGCCUCUUUUCAAUAAUGUCGGACCGUAUGCCUCGGGAGUACCGGGGGCGACAGUGCAAAGGGGGAAGAUAUUCGCGGAAGAGAUUUUCGGUCUCUUGAAGCCCGGUUGGGGCUCGUUCUGA